AUAGAUCAAGUUUCAUAGUGACUUUACACUUCAAUUAGGUUUAUCUUCAACUCCUCGUCUCCUUCUGAUCACCAUAAAUUUAAUUGUCAAACAACAUUUCUUACUGCACAAGAACAUUUCACAUCCUGACCUUGUGCAUUUGUGGUGCUUCUUGAGAAUUCCCCUCAUUUGGUUGAGCCACAAAUUAGUAUACCAUGGAGCAUCAAUUUGAGCCGUUACAGAAUGAUCUCAUCCUUAGGACAGCAUGGGGUAGGUAUCCUCAUCCCUAUAGUCUUAGAAUGCUAAUUGCUAAUGAAGUCCAGGUCACAAGGUAGAACGACCACCAAUGUGGGUGAUGCGCCAAGGUAUGUCCAGAACAUUCGGAGUCAAUGAGGUUUAUGAGGUAGAAAUAGCUAAUAUCUGGAACUCCUCAUAGCUGGACGUUACCUACCUGAAUAUCAUGAAGCAAAAGGCAAGAAUGACUUCUUCGAAUGCUGCCGCUCUCCAGAAAUCGCAUCGACAUUGACUCUCCAGCCCAUUGAACGCUUUUCCGGACUUGUCGACGCAGCUAUCAUAUUCUCCGAUAUUCUAGUGAUUCCUCAGGCUCUGGGGAUGACUGUAGAAAUGGUCGACAAGAAAGGUCCUCAUUUCCCGGAACCUCUUGAAUCGCCCAAUGACGGCCAAUACGAGCGAGUUCUGAAGAAAAAUGUGGAUGUUGCGGCAGAGUUGGAUUAUGUUUACAAGGCAAUCACUUUGACGAGACACAAGUUGAAGGGAAGAGUUCCAUUGUUUGGUUUCUGUGGUGCACCAUGGACAUUGUUAUGUUACAUGGUAGAAGGAGGAGGAAGCAAGCUAUUUGUGAAGACGAAGACCUGGGUUUACAAGUAUCCAGAAGCCAGUAAGGCUCUCCUUCAGAAGAUUGCAGAAGUGUGUGUAGAAUAUCUAGCUCUUCAAGUCAAAGCUGGUGCACAGGUGAGUCCAGUGAUCGUUUAUGAAUCCCCCGCCCCGACUCUAAUCAUUAUAUUAGCUGGUUCAAGUUUUCGAUUCUUGGGCUGUAGAGUUAUCCCCAUCAUCUUUCAAGGAGUUCUCACGACCAUACCUUGCAUACAUAUCGGCAAAUCUACCAAAACGCCUAAAGGAACUGGGGCUCGAGCAAGUUCCAAUGGUCGUGUUUGCGAAGGGAGCCUGGUAUGCGUUAGAUUCCUUGUGCGAUUUAGGAUAUCAGGUAGUAGGUUUGGACUGGCUACAAGACCCAGCGGAGGCCGUCCGGAUACGAGGGGAUCGCCCAGUUGUCUUCCAAGGCAACGCAGAUCCAGGAGUUUUAUACGGAACCCGGUCAGAAAUCACUCGAGUAGUCCAAGAAAUGGUAAAUGGUUUUGGUGGAGGAAAGCAAGGGUGGAUUGCGAAUCUCGGUCAUGGUUGGUAUCCUCCAAAAGUUGAUUGUUCCUCAACUAAUUCGUUUCCCAUAGGUAUUACGCCCUUCGUCAACCCCGAUGAUUUGAAAUUCUAUUUCGAGGAAAUCCAUCGGUUGACCCAGUGAUAAUAAAUCUAUUGAGUGUAUCACUCUUUGGUAUGGACCCUCUUCUCAACUCCAAUAUCUUCAUUCCUACGAGAAGUAAUGUGUCAGAGAUAGCUGGCUGGAAUCAAAAUUUUAUGACAUAC